AUGUUUCGCAGGAAUACUCUAAAAAAAAAUUCUGAUAAACUCAAAAGGACUCUCUCGGAUACUUCCAGCAGCAUCAGGAGUAGGGGAAGUUUAAAGAGGUCCUUUAGCAACAGUCUCCAACGGGAGAAUAGCAAAUCAUCGAGAAAUGAAUUUACCAUGGAAAAGUUAUCCAUCGAAAUGACACACUUGAUCGUAAAGAGAUGCAGCGAUGAAAUACGAUUAAGAGGAUUGCACGAAGUCGAUAUCUUUAAACCACAGAAUAUUGGCGACAGUACAGAAGAGGCCACUUACCUUAUUAACUUUCUGUUACGCGAUAACCGAAUUGACUAUGAAACCGAGCUAGCGAGCGCAGAUAUUCACAAUGUUGUUUCGACCCUAAAAUGGGCGCUUCGACAUUGUGAAGAAAUCAUUGUGCCUUAUCAGUACUACGAAGAAUUUGUCAAAUUUGACCAAGAAUACGAUUUUGAUCCCAACAAAGGCUCAUUUACCCAAUUUCUCCAGUACAUACCAUUGCCAAAUCGCAAUGUUCUCGUUGAAGUAUUCCAAUUAUGUGCUGACGUAACAGCAAACUCAGACAUUAACAAGAUGUCGGCCCAAAAGAUUGUAAAGUGCCUUGCUUUGUGUAUUAUCCGUGACGAUAAACAAGCCUUUGCGAGCUUUGACGAUGCCUACAAAGAAUAUACAAGUUCUGCAAACGCAUGCCUCCAUCUGUUCCUGGCCUACUUGAGGGAAAGUUCUCUUGAGAAAGAACUUCCGCCCCGUCUUACUAUGCUUCUUGAUAACUAUGACGAUAUUAGAAAGGUAUCAACUGCGCCUAUAUUUGUUAGCACUGAAGAUGAUUUCAAGGCUUAUCAACAAACAGUGGCAUCGAGUUCUAAUGAGAGACGUGCAAGCAUGCUACGAGUUACGAGAUCGGUUCCACGACAUACCCCUGGCGAACAAAGAAAGAGUGUCUACGAUCUCUUACCACAAAUGAUGAACAAUAUCAAACGAGAAACGAUUGUAAGUUCAAGUUCUAUGAUGACAAUGGAACAACGUCGCACGGCCGACCAUAUUUGGGAAGAAGUUCAACGCGAUGGUUUUGCAACUUUAUCUGACAACUUCAAGACAAGAUUUGCUCUCAAAGAUGAAUAUGGAACAUUAAUUGCCGAGCAGCAGGAUGCACUGCAGGGAGAUUCAGACGUAUUGCAAGAGCUUUUCCAAAACAACAAUGGCAACAAUAUCUUCAAUGUGCAAAUCACCAAGACAUUCGCCGAAGAAGCAGAGGAUGAAGAUGAAGCUUCUUGGACACCGUUAAAGCGCGCAACUCUCGAACCAAAUGCAUUCCGUCCCAAAACCUUGGUAUGGGAUGAAUUCAAACAGAAUGGAUUCCGUAACUCGUUUGAUAACAUAUCUCAGGACCUUAGUUUAAGCGAGACUCUUCUGACGCCCUCGCUUUCGGAUAGUUGCGCAGAUUUUCUGGAUGAAGAUAAGAUAAAAUCCAAGAAACAACUCAGGAAACAGCGAAGACGGUCUACUACAAACAUUGAUUCCUCAGACUCGGACAAGGACCCAUCCAAGGGAGUGGCUACCCUCCGCCGUCGUCGUCCCCAGCCUAAAAAUGCAAAGCGUACUAGUUCCUUUGUUUCUCGUGAUGUUAUUCACGACAAAGACAUUCUCGAACGUCUGCAGCUGGAAGAGUGGUGCUUAUUAGAUCCUCAAAAGGAGAUUACUACUCACCUAGCGAUCGAGACUAUAGACGAUAUAUUUCCUUACAUUUGGAUGGAAAUCACAACUGAAUCAACGGACGGUUAUUGGGGAGACUGGGUAUUCAUCGAACCGCGAAAAGAUCUCAAUUACGAAUGUGAAUGGAUAUUGAUAGAAGAAAAAGAACAAGUAUUUGCUGCGCGCGAAGCCGCAAUGGAAGAAAGAUUUGCCAAGGCUUUGGACAAGUCUAACAAUUGGAAUCUCUCAUGGUUAAAAAAGAACGGAAGUGUGAGGAGCAGCGAGGGAUCUCUUUCGAGACGUAGUGAGACUGAACAUUUAGUACGACAUACUAAAACACUAUCUCGAGGAAAUAAGAAACCUAAACAAAAAAGGAGAGAUUUGACUAGACAGAUAAGCGCUCCGAUACCGGUUAUUCCCAGAGCUUAUGCAGUAGCGCCUUGGGAUCAGCAAACACACAAUGUCGAACAGGUAGAUUCAACGGCAAGGACGUACCAGAAUUAUAUAUGA